AUGGAGCUCUGCAAAAAAGAUUCAUCAUGCAAAAAUAAGAUCGAAUUUUAUUAUGAAAAUACUUCAAAAGAUUAUAUACUUAUGUUAUAUUUAGUGAAAAAGGUAACGGUAGAAGAGAUUGUUAAUAGAAUUAAAAAUGGAAAGUAUAUCUCAAAAGAAAUUGUUCUAGAGAAAAUUAAAAAAUCACGUCAAGAUUCUGAGGUUGUUGCAACUUCGAGUGUAGUUUCAUUGAAGGACACGUUGUCACAUAGUAGAAUUAAUUUACCAUGUAGAUCAAUCCAAUGCAAUCAUCUUCAAUGCUUUGACGUUUACUCAUAUUUUAAGAUGAAUGAACAGACUCCUACUUGGACAUGCCCAAUAUGUCAUAAAAUACUUGAUUCAUGGGAAGAAAUUGUAGUUGAUGGUGAAGACAAUUCAUCUGAAGGUGACUCAGGUUCAAGCCCAGGCUCAGAUUCAUCUAAUUUGUCAAAUUCACCCAACGCUGAUUCAGAUAAUUCAGAUGAAAAUGAUUCAGAUGAUGAGUCAGAUGACAAUGAUUAUAAGCAUGCUAAAAAUAAGAAUAUUAAAAACAAUGUUACAAAUAAUAGAAUAUUCAAAAAAUCAAAUAGUCCAAUUUUCAUCGAUCUUACACAAAGCAGUAGUGACGAAGAAAUUGAUAACGAUACGGGAUUUAAUAAAACCAAAUAG